GGACCAAUCGCUCAGCAGCGGAAGUCACCAUUUGCCGUUUGCUGUCUUAAACUUCCUCUUCAUAGAAAAUCGAUUGGACUUCAGUGAAUAGUGAAAUUCGUCAUGAUUUUGCUAGAAAUCAGAAAUCUUAUCGUCCAGGAGACAUUGACUCAAAAGAUCCGAAAUGUGAAGGAGGGGGGUUAACCAGACAGUGUGGACAUUACAGUAGCAGAUUUUGAUGGUGUGUUGUACCAUAUGUCAAAUCCAGAAGGAAACAAAAGCAAGAUAAUGGUCAGCAUUUCUCUCAAGUUUUACAAAGAUCUUCAAGAGCAUGGUGCCGAUGAGUUGAUAAAAAGAGAGUACGGAUCAUUCAUGGUAACUGCUGAACCUGGAUACAAUGUAUCUGUUGUGUUUGAUUUGGACAACGUGCCUAAAAACUGGGAGGAACUGGUCCAGAAAGCAUCUCUGUUAAAAAGAAACUGCUUUGCUUCUGUCUUUGAGAAAUAUUUCAAGUUUCAGGAGAAUGGAAUAGAAGGCAAACAGAGGGCAGUUGUGCACUAUAGAGAUGAUGAGACUAUGUAUGUGGAAGCCAAAAAAGACAGAGUUACUGUGAUUUUCAGCACAACAUUCAAAGAUGAUGAUGAUAUUGUCAUUGGAAAAGUUUUUAUGCAGGAAUUUAAAGAGGGUCGGCGGAAAUACCAGCAGGCACCCCAAGUCCUAUUCAGCCACAAAGAGCCACCUCAAGAACUACAGGAUACUGAUGCUAGGACUGGUGACAACAUAGGCUACAUCACAUUUGUUUUAUUUCCACGUCAUACCAGUGCUGCUGCAAGGGACAACACCAUCAAUUUGAUUCAUAUGUUGCGAGACUACUUGCACUAUCACAUCAAAUGUUCUAAGGCAUAUAUUCACCAGCGAAUGAGAGCUAAGACAUCUGAGUUCCUGAAAGUUUUAAACAGAGCAAGACCGGAAGUGAAGGAUAAAGAAAAGAAGACUAUUACGGGAAAGACAUUCAAUCGACAGAACUGAUUGAAAAGGUCAUCAUCAGUUAUUCAAUUUUGCAGAAUGUGUGUACAUACCUUGGACUGAGUGGAAAUUUGUGUGCAAUGGAGAUAUAACAGUUAGUAAUAAUAACUUGUUAUACAUGAGCACCAGAUCUAUGCACCUUGACCAAUAUUGUCUAUCAGGAAUAAAAGCACCUAAAAGUACCAGACAUAUUUAGUGUCUUAGGCUAUUUUGUCUUCUUGUGCCAUUUAUGUACUUUUUACUUGAAUACCUGCUGAAAAUCCUUUCUUUGUACAUAAAUGUUUCUAAAUAGAAAUGUCUUUAAAAAAAUACAAAUUAAUAUAUCUAGCUAUAGGUCACAAAGUUGUGGACUGCAUGUCACCAAAAUAGUAUCUUUGUAAUAAAGAAGAAUCUGUCCCCAGUUAUGGAACUGUCUAUUGAGAAUGAGAUCCUAGAUUCUAUUCUGUUAUGUUUAUUUAACACAGAUCCUUUCUUGAUAGUGUUAACUCAGUUAGGGACUUUAAGGUUCUUUGCUAAAACUGAGCAACAUAAUAGUUUUGAGUGUUUUAAAGUAACUGAAAAAUGUAAGGGUACUAGGCUCAGUAAAAUAUUUUGAAUAUUUUUCAAAAAUAGUUUUGUACUAGUUCAGUCAACAAAUUGCAUCUUUAGCUGUUGCUUUGUUUAUUUCAGAUGAUGUUGAUUUAUACCUUGUUCUGUCAGCUGUAUAACAUUAUAUCUAAAUCGUAUUAAAUUCUUUCCAUUGCUUAAAUGGCCUGGUGACAUAUCUCAACAGCAAAAUUAAAAGAAAGUGUAUUUUAGCUUAUCUCUGGUUCAGAAGCAGUGUAGUACAGUUCACUGUUGCUUAUGAAGAUCAAAGCAUAAUUGUGAUCUUUAGAAAAAGGAUCACACCGUUCCCCACUAGCAGAAAUUCUGUGGGAGAUCUCUAAACAGUGAGGAAAAGCUCAUUCUAGGAUGUAGUAUAGUCUGUCAGAUCUUGCCAUUCUCUUCUUUGUAGCCUAGUAAAAUAAUUUUACCAUCCUUUAGCAUUUUGUUCUCAGUAAACACGUAAGCUUCAGCUUUUGAAUAGCAUAUUUUCCUAGCAUGGAGAAAUAGUUUGGGGCAUGGUACUGUAAAUGUAUAUGAUGGCCUACAGUGGUUAUGGCCUCAUGUCUCCAUUAUCAGCACAAAAUACAUUCAACUUCCAAGCAUGGUGUCAUUCUCACAAAGCUUCACUGAAAGAUAUAGAUAAUCUUACACAUUCGUUAUGAAAAUGUUCAGUUUCAUGCUGGUUGCAAAUAAACAUAUAUUUCCAUGAAUAUGAA